GGAGGAGAAGGAGGAGCAGGAGGAGUGCGGGGGGGGCUCCCCUUUGUUCAUGGGGGUGUCCAGCCGGGGCUGAGGGAAGGCACGGAGGGGGUCGGUGCCUCCCGCUGCCCCAUGGCCGUCGCUGAGGGGGCGGCCGUGCCCUACGCCGUGGAGCUGGGGCUCACCGUGCUCCACACGGCGCUCUACGGCGCGCUCUUCCUCUUCGCCUACUUGCAGCUCUGGCUGCUGCUCUGCUACCGCGAGCGGCGGCUGAGCUACCACACGCUCUGCCUCUUCCUCUGCCUGCUCUGGGCAGCCCUCAGGACCACGCUGUUCUCCUUCUACCUGCAGAAUUCCCUGCAGGCCCUCCGCCUCCAGCAGCCCUUCGCCCACUGGCUCCUGUACUGCCUGCCCGGCUGCCUCCUCUUCUCCAGCCUCUGCCUCCUCAACCUCUACUUCGCCGAGGUCAUAUUCAAAGUGAAAUGUGCAGCUGAAUUCAACAAGUACAAGGUCCUGCUGUACCUGGGCUCCAUCUUCACCAGCCUCCUCUUCCUGGUUGUGAAUUUGACUUGUGCAAUGUUGAUCCACGGGGAGGUCCCCGAGAGCCAGCUGAGGUGGACGGUCCUGGCCCGCGCCCUGGUCAACGACAGCCUCUUCAUCCUCUGUGCCAUCUCGCUGGCUGGCUGCAUGUGCAAGCUGGGAAAGAUGUCUUCAGCCAACGUCUACCUCGAGUCCAAGGGAACAUCUGUCUGCCAGGCUGUUCUUGUGGGAUCUGUAGUGGCUCUUCUGUAUUCCUCAAGGGCCUGCUAUAACCUGGUAGCUGUGGCCAUAUCUCCAGACAAUGUUCCUGGUCCUUUUAACUAUGGCUGGGACAACCUUUCAGACAAGGUGCACGUGGAAGUGAGCAGCGAGGAGUACGUGGUGUUUGGAGUGGUCCUUUUCCUCUGGGAGCUGGUGCCAACGACUUUCGUGGUGCUGUUCUUCCGGGCUCAGAGGCUGAGCCAGAACCUGACUCCAGCAGGGAUGGUGAACAGCCACAGUUACAGCUCCAGAGCCUAUUUCUUUGACAAUCCGAGGCGCUACGACAGCGACGACGACCUGUCACGGCUCGGGGCCAGAGAAGGAGGCUUGGCCACCCCUCAGUGCUCAGGCUUCUACGGCUCCCUGGCCGGGAACGACAGCGGGACCCCCGCGGACAGCGCGCCCUUGCUCUGCGCCGCCGGCGGCUCGGAGAGCAACCACCACAGCUCAUACCCCGCCCCACAGAACUGAGGAGGCUCCCUCCAUUCCCAGAGUGGCAUUCAUGUAUAGGAUUGUAACCUGGUUUUCUCUUUUCCUCCUCCUCCUCCUCCUCCUCCCCUGAAGCAUCUAACUCAUGACACAAACAUUCCACGACCUGCCGCAGCUGCGCGCGGGACUGAGCCGAAGGCUGCGGGCAGUAAGUAAGAGAACUGUGACUUUAAAGGUACCAUGUAGCAAAGUGAAGCUGAACUCUCUGGAAGCUUUUUCUUGGUCUGGUCUUCAAGAUGUUGGCAGCUAAAUGCACCAGAGCUUCCUCACUAGAAAAGAAACAUCAAAUGCGUAUUUGCACUUUUAUCUGCACACUUGGAAGGAACGAAUCUUGCUCAGGCUCUGCUUGGUCUGAGACUGUUCUAGUUACUCUUUUAAUUGCACAUCCAUAGCUGGGAGAGGCACUGUCUUCCUGCAAAGGCGGGUUCCGUGAAGUACUCUGCAUCCUGACUCGCUGGGAGUGGGAGCUCUGUCCGGGCAGGGCCUCCUGUGCUGGAUGCUCAAGCUUUCUGUGCCAUAUUCCCACCUGGCAGGGCUGGGUGAGGCCUCGGGGCUGAGGGGGGUCUUGCUCUGACUCCUGAUCCUCGUCCCACGUGGCUGCUGACCUGUCCCUCCUGGGCCUAUGGCUCAGAGCUGAGGGGGAGGUCUGUUCCUACUGGCAUUGUGACCAACCUGAUGGCAGAGGGAGAGGGCUGGCUUUUCCCUUCAGGGAGAGCUUGGAGCUGGCUCAGCAGGAGUGUGUGUGCAGGAAUGUGUGUGAAUCCAGGGCUGCUGGACCCGGGGGUGCUGAGAGCAGCCCUGCUCCCCCCUCCUCGUCACCCACGGUGGGGUCCCCUCAUCCCCCUCAGUAUUAAAUUGCAUUUAGCAGAUAACCAAGAGGUUUAACCUGAAGUGAAUGUGAACUGGUGGGUCCCCACUGAGGUGCAGGAGGUGUCUGGCUGCCUGUGGAGUGUGCUGUUGCAGAGGGAAGGGGCAGAAAUCACAGGGAUCUGAUCCCUGGGCUCCUUGCUCUGCCCUCCAGGGCCUGGAGCCCUCCCACUGGAGUACACAGGGUGUGAGUGCUGGGUCAGGCUGGGAGAGGCUCCCCUGUCUCUCCUUAACCAAAGUAGCCAAGUUGGAUCCCGGCCUGGGCUCUUGGAGAUGAGGCUUGGUGUCAUUCCUGGCUUGUCCCUGAGCCUGCUGUGGGGAUGAGCAAAGCAGCUUUGGAUGGAGGCCCUGCUCCAGUGGGAGCUGCUCUGGCCACUGGUGCCAACCCACACUGGAACUGCUUUUAACCUGCCUCGUGCUGCUCAAACCCCAGGCUGACCCUGGGCAGGGAGUGCUGUGGUGGGACAAUGCUCUAGGAGCUGGGGGGACCCCGAGGCAGCCUCUGUGUCUGAGCUGUGUGUGAGGGAACCCCCAGCCCUGGGGCAGCUCUGGGAGCCGGGGGGACCCUGAGGCAGCCUCUGUGUCUGAGCUGUGUGUGAGGGAACCCCCAGCCCUGGGGCAGCCCCGGCCUCUCCUCACCAGCGUGGCCUGGUCACCUCUCACCUCUUGCUUGUGCUGGGCUCGAUGUCACUUGUCCCACCCAGUCCCUGUGUGUGGUCUGUGCUGGCCCCUUCCUUGCUCACCUGCUUCACUCUCCCUGGCCCAAAAAGAGCAGCAAGCCCUGCUUCUUUUUGGAGAAGGCAAAGAUGGCAACUCUCAGCACAUCCCUCACUGAGUACCCGACCCAGAGCUCCACCCUGGCUGCUCACCUGUCUCCUGGCAGGAACAGGUCGCUCCAUCUCAAUCACUGCUUGGCUUAUGGCAAAGCUGAUGAAGGGCCCGGUGUGUCCCCCUUCCUUCUGCUCCCAUAAGUCACCAAAGACAGUAAGUGACGCUCGUGGCCCCUGUUCUUGCUUAAAUUCCAAAGCACUAGGAGCACUUUAAGUUUUUCUUUGGAGGGAAAGGAGUGUAGUGCAAAAAAAAAAUUAAAAAAAAAAAAAGGAAAAAAAAAAGAAUAGUUUAAAAAAAAAUACAAAAUCCAAGGGCUACAGGCUCAUUGUUCCUAUUGCACUGAAGCACACACCCACACUACGAUCUUCCUGGAUUUGGGAUGGCAGGUCAGGGCAGUGAGUCUCGUUGCUGAUGGACCCCUGAGCGACUGGCAAAGCGUUUGGGUUUUACUCCUUUGUCCGGUGGUUUCCAGUCCGGCCGCUCCUCCCGGGGCCGGUCCCGUGUUUUACUGAAGUAAUUUAUAGCUGAGAAGUACAAUGACUUUUUUAAUGCAUAGUUGCCUUUCAUUAAACUUUCUUUUUUGGGUUUGUUUUGUUUUUUUUUUUUUUUUUUUUUGGUAUGGUUUAACAGUGUUUUGGCUUUGCAGUUGGGCAGCAGCUGCUGCACCAGGAGCUGUGGCCAAUGAAUGUACCUAUUUGUUCUUCACUAAACUGUAACCAAGCACUACUCUGUUGAAAUAAAUAAAAAA